UCGUCUGCUGUUACUACGCACCAACCACUCCAAUGCAUAAUACAUAUGCGUACGUUAAUUAAUUCCCGAUCCAUCCAAGGAAUAAGCAAAGCAACCGCUGACAGAUGAGGGACGAUGAUGGAUCAUCAAGAGACGGACAUGGAUGGACAUGGGGAUGGGAUAGUUGGGGAGACGUCGCCGUCGCACGCUCGCGCUCGUCGUCUCAAGCAGCUUGUCUGGCUGUCUCUCCUCUUUGUUUAACUUCGCGCCCCGCCCGCCGUCUCCAAGCCUAGCUCAGCUCAGCCAGCGUGCGCGCCCACAAAACCCCACGUCCUCCCCGCCGGCCAAUCACACUCACACCGCACGAACCCAGGACGUCGCGACACCGUCGGUCACCGCGACGUACGUAGACGCAGAGCCUCGUGGUAGCUAGUUUAGCUAGCUCACUUCCACACCGCACCGCGCGCCGUGUUGUUGCCUUCUUUUAUAUCCCGCGGGGAUGCGCCUGCCUCGGGGCAGCUGGUGACAUCGGAUUCAUUCGGAUCAGGCCAAGAACUGCUCCGGCAAACCUGCCGCGCCCCGCCCGUUGUCUUGUCUGCUGUUUCCGAUCGACAACGCCGCGGGCGCGCUUUCUUCUCAAAUGGACGCCGAGUGGAGCGACGGCGCGGCGGCGGCGUCACCGCCGACGGUGUCCGGCGGCGAGAGCAAGCCUGGUGCUGCUGGUGCCGUCUCGUCGUCGGCUGAUUGCCCAGGGUCGCCGCCGGUGUCGCCUGCGCCACCGUCGACGACGUCGCCAGCUGCUGCUGCUGCUGCUGCCGGGAGCGGGAGGAGGCGGUCGGCGAACAAGCGGGUGGUGACCGUGCCGCUGGCAGACGUCAGCGGGCCUCGGCCUAAGGGCGUCGGCGAGGGCAACACGCCCACGGACUCGUGGGCGUGGCGGAAGUACGGCCAGAAGCCCAUCAAGGGCUCGCCUUUUCCGAGGGCUUACUACAGGUGCAGCAGCUCCAAGGGGUGCCCGGCGAGGAAGCAGGUGGAGCGGAGCCGGGCCGAGCCGGACAAGGUGAUCGUCACCUACUCGUUCGAGCACAGCCACUCCGACGCCGUGGCGAGGGCGCAACAGAACCGCCAGCAGGCCUCGAAGCCAAAGGCGGUCCAGCGGCAGCCAGUCCCGCCGGAGCCGGCGGCGGAGUCCCCGUCAUCCGGAAGCUACGACGUCGCUGCUGCCACGGUUUGCGGUGCCGGCGCGCCUGCUGCUGCUGCAGCCGGGACCGAGGUCGGCGGCGCGGCGUCCGUCGAGGUGCGCGACGAGUUCAGGUGGCUCUACGACGGCGUGUCCGUCACCUCCUCGGCGUCGCCCUCGGACGUCGAGGCCGCGGACGAGAUGCUGUACGGGGCGAUGUUCUUCGGCGCCGCCGCCGCCCCGCCCGCCGCGCCCCUCCCCGACGAGUUCGUCGGCGACGUCGGCGGGCUGUUCGACUACGGGGAAGGAGGCGGCGAGGAGGACGCCAUGUUCGCGGGUCUCGGCGAGCUGCCCGAGUGCGCCAUGGUGUUCCGGCGGCACGCCGGCGACGGGCUUUCGGUGGCCGGCGGGGUGAAGUGAAGGUCGAGCAGCCGGCCGGCGGAGAGCACAGCCGCAGGCCUGGUGGCCUGACAUGUGGGGCAGGCUGGCCGGACUCCAAUAAAAACCAGAUAAACUCAUGUAGAGCUCCUUGAUCUAUCUACUUUUGGCUUGUUGUUCUCUUCCCUCUUGUCAUCACGUAGCCUUUUUCUUUCAUCCUUCUCUGAUUGGAUGUUUAUACACAGACACAGACACGGUAGCACAUAUAAAAACUUGAGGCAUUUUACAUUUGCAUAGAGUUGAUUCGGUGGGCUGGCUGGCAUGAGGGGUUUGAAAAGGACACACAGAUCUUUUCUUGUCAAUGGUUUGGUUGAAGCAUUUUGUUUUCUGUGCAAGAGCACGAGAGCCAGACAGAGAGAAGCUCAAACAAUCAAACCAACGUUUUCUAGCUAGGUCACUGACAUGUGGUACAGGCCGGACACAGACUCCAAUAGAACCAGAUAAACUCAUUUGAGCUCCUCUUAAUCUAUCUACUUUUGA